AGUGACAACUUUGACACUGACAAAGGUGUGAAGUUGUAUCUAUCAAGAUUUAAAACUUCUAUGAUAGGUCUUUUAGAAAGUUAAUAUUCUUAAAUAUCUGGUGAUACCUGAAAAUAUUUCUGCUGAAAUGUUCCAUUUUAGCAUCUUCUUUAGAUUCCAAUGAAUUACUUAUAUAUAUGAAUCAUGGAAGCAGCACAAGAUAAUUUUGAUUUAAAAGAUCUCGCCACGAAAAAAAUUAUAUUUGGGGAAGAACUCAUUAAAUCUAUUGAAAUAUUCAAACAAAUAGAAGGUUCACAGAAGUUGUCUCGUAAAAUUAAUCAGGAAUUGAAAUUUUUAAGGAAGGCUCAUAAAAAUAAUUCUUUAAAAAAAGAGCAUCUGCAGUGUUCAAACCUUACCCACUUUUCUGCUCUCAUAAAUACAUUGAGAACUUUAGAAAAAUGUCAAAGUGUAAAUAAAGUCUUUGUGCUCGAUGGUAGAAAAAUCACAGUUGAUAUUAUUAGUGAUGGUGGACUUACCUGGACAAAAGUAAUUGCAAGGAAUCCUAAAUCUGUUAGUCAAAUAUGUAUGGGAAAUGCAAGCUAUGGAGUUAGAAGUAUUAUCGAUCAAGCUGAUGAAUAUAUUAAAUGUGCCAAACUCCAUCCUUGUUUAUUUCAAUCACCAAAGAUAGUAUUUGUUUUUACAAACGGAAUUGGUUGUCACAUUGCAGCUAAAUUAGAAUCACGAGGUGUUAUUGUCUAUGGUGAGAGAGUUAGUGAUAACCCCCUAGAUUCAGAAAGUGAUUCAGAUGAGGAAAAUUCAUAUAUGAGGAUACCAAAUGUUUCAGAACUUUCUACAAAAGAUGUAGCCAAUAUAAAUAAAUUGAAUCUUGAUGUUUCAGCUAUGUUAGCUUACUGUAGCUCACUUACAAAUGGAAGUGCUCAGUUAUAUGAUUUCAAUGUACCAGUUUUAAAACAACAUGCUGAAUGGGAAAGGCUAAAACCACAAAAACCUAUACUUGAUAGUUUUUUCAAAGAUAAAAAACUCUAUUGUUGUCAGACAGCAAAAGACAACUUUGUUAAUAUUGUUGAAACAGUCGGUGGUCCUUCUGAAAAAAUAAGGGCCCAAGAACUGCUAAGUAGAUUGAUAGUUUUACCAGAUGAUGCAGAUUAUACUAAAACAAAUUACAAUGAAGACUUUGAAGACAUAUUUGAUAAAGUACAGUAUUCUGAUGAAAAGAUAUUGAAAGUUGGGGGGAAAAUUAAAAAAAGAUCUCUAAUUGUCUUUACAUUCGGUGAUAGAAUUAAAGCUGUUACAGUUACAGCGAAUGAUGGAUUCGUUAGAUCUGCAAAGCAACAGGGUAUAAAUUUUGUAGUAUUCAUCCAUGAAUCUAGAGCUUUAACGGAACAAAAAGAAAAAGCAAUGGCAAUUUUAAUAAAAUAAUGAACUAUUACAUGACAUAUUAGAUAAUUCCAUUUAUAUUAAAGUUUACAGUUAUUUUAAACCUGCCAUUUGUACUCAAAGUAUGAAAUUAUACAAUUUUAAGAA